AUGAAGUGUUGCACCGUCAAGCGGCUUGGCUGUGCUGCGUUACAAGUUUGCGCAGCGGUUGCCUAUUCGUCCCUGGAUCCCAACUGUGUGGCUCGUGCAGACGACAAGGUCUUCAUUGGACAUAACAGCACGCAACAGAAUUCGGCGUGUGAGUGGCUCGGCAUACCAUACGCUCAGGCUCCAGUUGGCGACCUGAGAUUCGCACCGCCUGUUAAGCCGCUCUCGUCGACCGGUUCCUUCGACGCCAACAAUUACGGCUAUGAUUGUCCCCAAGCCCAGUCCCGGUAUUUUGCGUAUCCGAAUGCGACUGGUCAAUACGCCCGGGUCUAUGCCAACUUUGUCAAUCAGCUAAAUAACACUCAAAGCGAGGACUGUCUGACAUUGAACGUGUGGUCAAAGCCAACCAAUAACUCAAGAAAUGUCGUGGUUCCCGGUGCCGAGCUGAAGCCUGUGCUCGUGUGGAUCUACGGAGGGCGUUUCUCAGCCGGGACCAGCAAUACGCCAUUCUACCAUGGCGAGUUCAUGGCAGAUGCCCAAGACGUUGUGGUGGUGACAUUCAACUUUCGCAUGAACAUCUUCGGCUUUCCUGGCGCGCCUGAGCUUGACGUCAAGAACCUCGCCCUCUUGGACCAGCGCUUGGCCGUGUCGUGGGUUCGCGACAAUAUUGCCGCAUUUGGCGGAGAUGCUUCUCGCAUCACGAUCGCCGGACAGUCAUCGGGCGCUUGGGCAGUGAGUAACUGGGCUUAUGCCUUCCAGGAUGACCCAGUAGUUGCCGGGCUUAUUUCCCACUCUGGCAGCGUCUUCUCCUUUGACAGCAACAGCGCCGAGCUAGCUGCCUCGAACUGGUACAACGUUUCGAGGACACUCGGAUGUGGGGCUUCAGAGUCGACGCUCGAGUGCAUGCGCUCACCCAAUAUCACGAUCGACUCCAUCCUCGCCGCAGCCGCCCGUGUCCCCACGACCGGCGCAGGCUCUCGCGCGCUGCCAGCCUUCCAGAUCACCGAAGACAACCGCACCGUGUUUCCGAAGUCCGAGUAUGUGUCAAGGCUUGCCUCUGGGAGAUUGGCACGGAUCCCAAGCCUGCAGUUGCAAACCGACCAUGAGUCCGGCUUCUACAGGAUCUCAGCAUUGGCUAGGGGUACCGUGCUCCCGGAGAGCAACUGGACACUCUUUGAGCAGGAGACGUUCACCUGCCCGCUCGCAGCGGACGCGGGCGGGCGGGCGGAGCUGAACAUCUCGAGCUAUCGCGCGCGGUACAUGGCCGACUGGGAUAAUCUGCGGCUUUUCUACCAGCCUGAAGCACCUUACGACAGUGGAGCCUACCACGGGUCAGACGUCAACAUGGUUGUCGGCAAUACAGAGGGCGUCAGCGGUAUUGCACCGUCGACCGAGGAGCCAAGACUUACUAGGACGAUGCAAAAGGCGUGGGCUGCUUUUGCCGCUGACCCGGCGGAUGGCCUGACGUCUGUGAUGGGUUGGCCCAAGUAUCAGGCCAGCUCAGAGACGCUGAUCCUGCUGGGCGAUAACACGACUUCAACUGUGAAGUUCGUGGACCCAACGACGUACGAUUUCGCAUGUCAGGAUCUGGAUCUCGUUUUCUAG